CCGAGCCGAGGCGAGGAGGCUGGGGGAGGGGGCGCGGUGGGAGGAGGAGAAGACAAAAGCCGAAAGCAAGGAGGGCCCGAGCGGCACAGACCGAAGUGCACCGGGCAACCUGGUCAGCAGGCAGCAUGGGGAAGGGGGGGAACCAGGGCGAGGGGGCCACCGAGCGCGAGGCGCAGAUGCCUACCUUUAGCUGGGAGGAGAUUCAGAAGCACAACCUGCGCACGGACAAGUGGCUCGUCAUCGACCGCAAGGUCUACAACGUCACCAAAUGGUCCAGCCGGCACCCCGGGGGCCACCGGGUCAUCUCGCACUAUGCAGGGGAAGAUGCUACGGAUGCCUUCUUCGCCUUCCACCGCGACCUUGAUUUAGUGCGCAAGUUCAUGAAGCCUCUGUUGAUCGGAGAGCUGGCCCCGGAGGAGCCCAGCCAGGAUCGCAUCAAGAACUCUGAGAUCACCGAGGACUUCCGGGCCCUGAAGAAGACCGCCGAGGACAUGAACCUGUUCGAGAGCAACCACCUGUUCUUCUUCCUCCUCCUGGCCCACAUCAUUGUCAUGGAAAUUAUUGCCUGGUUCACCAUCUCUUACUUUGGCAAUGGCUGGAUCCCAACCCUCAUGACGGCCUUCAUCCUUGCUACCUCUCAGGCCCAAGCUGGGUGGCUGCAGCACGAUUACGGCCAUCUCUCUGUUUACAAGAAAUCCACGUGGAACCACAUCGUCCACAAGUUCAUCAUUGGCCACUUAAAGGGUGCCUCUGCCAACUGGUGGAACCAUCGCCACUUCCAGCAUCACGCCAAGCCCAACAUCUUUAGCAAGGAUCCAGAUGUGAACAUGCUGCAUGUGUUUGUCCUGGGAGAAAGGCAGCCGGUUGAGUACGGCAAGAAGAAGCUGAAAUACCUGCCUUACAACCACCAGCACGAGUACUUCUUCCUGAUUGGGCCACCGGUGCUUAUCCCCUUGUACUUCCAGUACCAGAUUAUCAUGACCAUGAUUGUUCGCAAAGACUGGGUGGACUUGGCCUGGGCCUUCAGCUACUAUGCCCGUUUCUUCAUCACCUUCAGCCCUUUCUACGGUGUCCUGGGAGCCAUUCUUUUCCUCAACUUUAUCAGGUUCCUGGAGAGCCACUGGUUUGUGUGGGUCACACAGAUGAACCACAUUGUCAUGGAGAUUGACCGUGAGCCCUACCGUGACUGGUUCAGCACCCAGCUGGCAGCCACCUGCAACGUGGAGCAGUCCUUUUUCAACGACUGGUUCAGCGGGCACCUCAACUUCCAGAUUGAGCACCACCUCUUCCCCACCAUGCCCCGGCACAACUUGCACAAGAUUGCUCCGCUGGUGAAGUCCCUGUGCGCCAAGCAUGGCAUUGAGUACCAGGAAAAGCCGCUGCUAAGGGCCCUGAUGGACAUUACCGGGUCCCUGAGGAAGUCAGGGCAGCUGUGGCUGGAUGCCUACCUCCACAAAUGAAGCUGCAGCCCUCGGGGCACCCACGGGGAAGGGGGAGCAAGAGGGGGUGACGGGCCGAAGGGAAGGGUGGGGUUUUGUCCUGAGCGGGGUCGUGAGGCUCCGGUACCCGCUGGCUCCCAGACUCCUGUUUUGGUCUUUCCUGUUUGGCUCUCUGGUUUCACUGCCUUUCAUGCCUCCCUCCUGGGGCCCUCCCGGCCCAGGAGCACAGAGCCAGGGACUCGCAUCCCUGCCUCCACCCUCUGCCCCUAAGCAUCUGCCAGAGCAGAGGAGCACAGGUGCAGCCUGUGACCCCACCCCCCACCCCCACCCCGGCCCCCAUGCCUCCCACCACCCUCUCUUGAGGUCCAUGGGGUGGGGUCCUGGCCUGCUCCCUGACCCUGCAGGCCUGGCUCCGACCUCUCUGCCUGCCACCCACCUGUGGGGUGGCUGUGCUCCAUGCGGGGUCUCCCACCCCCAGGGAUCUGUACUUGGGGUAUCCCUGCAGGCCCCACUUUCCCUUCGGAUGUCCAGGGCCCCUAGCCCUCACCCCAGGCUCCCUUUGCCUGCAGUGCAGCUAGCGCCGGCCUUGGCGCCCAGAGAAGUGUCCUCGCGGCCCUUCCGGAGCCCUCUGACCCAGGGCUUCAGGCUCGGGCCCUUCCAUCCCGCCCUCUUCCCACCUCCAGAGCCUGUGACCUGGGGUCCAAGGGGGCGAGGACACAGAAUGGCUCAGCAGAAGCCACAGCCAGGUCGGGGUCAGCCGGCCUGUAGGCUCGGCCCUAUCCCCCCAUCCAGGUUCAGACGUUUGUCCUGGUUGGGAGGGACGCCUAAGAUUCUGUAACCAUCGGACCCUUCCCCAAAGUGCCCCCCCACCUGCCAAACAGUGCCAGCCGGUCCCUGGCCGCUUAGCGCAUGCGGACUCGGGCCCUCCAGGCCGCAAGAGGGCGCUGGAGCCCAGGGGCUUCCACAUAGCACCUGCUGGUGUUGGGGCUGCCCCUGUGGAAACGCUCUUUGACGGUCUUCCGUGCUUUUGUGUCUUUUACCGGUAUUUUAACCUUUUGCUGCAGAUACGCUUGGGGGGGUGGGGGUGGCAGGGGCACUGGUCCUCGUGACAAUCUGCCUGUUACCACCUGCCCCUCGCAGCCUCCCAGGCCCCCCAGGGGGCUGAGCGGGGCUCCCUCACUGAGACCACGGAGGUCCUGUCAGAAGCGCCCUGGGGCAGAGAGGGAAGGAGUCCUGGAGGAGCUGGGGGUUCGGGGGGGGGGAACCUAGUGAGACCAGAAGGGGUUGGGGCCGGAGGCCGGGCAGCCGAGGGGACAGGAACGUGAGAGGGGAGGGUGGGGAGCCUGGUGCUGCUGGGAGCUGCUGCGUUUGGAAAUUAACCCACUAACCAGUAUGUAGCUCCCGGGGAGGGGAGGGCGGGAACCAGCGCAGACCAGCCAGGAGGGACCGGACCAUCGGGUCGCCAUGGCAGCAAGGGCCCCCGCCUGAGGCCCUUGCUGAGAACACGCGGGCCCUGAGGGCCACUGUCCCUUCCCAGAGGCAGAAGGGAUCCAUAGGGAACGGAUCUGAAUUUUUAUCAUGUGGCUUCUCCUCCCCUACAAUUUUGGAAAUAAAUGAAGUAAUUUUAUUCUCA